GAGGGAGGGAACCUGCGGCAUUCAGUAGCCCAGAGACAGUUUAUUCCGUAGCGGAUUUUCAUCAACACUGCAGUUUAUGGGAGAGCGAACGAGUACGUGUUUAUUUAGUUCUCAGCGCGUAAAUUAUGUAGAAUAACCGCGCAGGUGCGAUUUUAUUGCAGUUAUAUAAAAAAGCUCCGGUGACUGCCUGCGUUGAACUUUAAAUAGCGACUUUAAAAGUGAACCGUAGGGGUCUUAGAAAAACAAUUUGAAUAGAAAGUGUGCUAGGCGAUGUAGACGCGUUAAAACGUCCAGAACUGACUGUAAUUUUGGAUUAAAGUCCAUCAUGGAGGUCCGCACAGCGCUCACGUGUGUUUUGUUCAGCGUGCUUCUGUGGGCAGGAGACGCUCAGCACUCGGUACCUGAUUCAGUUUUAAACUGCUGCGAGGGCGAUGUCCUCUUCCUCCUGGACUCCUCUGGUAGCGUGGCCUCCUACGAGUUCUUCCGUAUGGUGGACUUCCUCAAGGAGCUCCUGCUGCCUUUCUCGUUGGGGCCGGAUCAGGUGAGGGUGGGACUGCUGCAGGUUGGGACCGAACCCCAUCUGGAGUUCAGCUUUGACACCUACAGCUCCCAGGACGGACUGCAGGCGGCCCUGGGGAGGACUAAACAGCUGAAGGGCGACACAAACACGGUGGAUGCUCUCCUGAUGGCUAGGAACCAGGUUUUGAAACAGGGCGUGCCGGGAGGUGCCAGACCAGAUCUGCCCAGGGUUCUGGUGUGGCUCACGGAUGGAGUGGAUCCCGGCGAGGUGCAGGAACCAAUGGCGAGGCUGCGGGAAGAGGGCGUGGCCGUCCUGGUGGUUUCCACUGGUCACGGGAACUAUCAAGUGCUGAGAGAGGCUGUGAGUCCACCCGCCGAGGAGCACCUGUUCUUUGUGGACAUUGAUGAUAUCAACAUCAUCAGCGAAGACUUGAGGAACGCAAUUAUUGAGAUUAUCCGGGCCGAGAGGCUACAGGUGAAGUCGGUCACCACCACUACAGCUCAGCUGGAAUGGAGGCCUGUGUUGGCCGGCACCGGCUACUAUGAUAUCCAGUUUGGUCCCAUCCGAUCAGGGCAGACCGGAGGGCCGGGAGGUCCAGGCACCAGUCCUGGCACAGGUUUGGGUCCUUUUCAGAGGAUCACGCGGCCCGGAGAUGCCAGCUCUGCGAAGCUGACUGACCUGCGUCCAGACACCACGUACACAGUCACGCUCACACCGAAGGCCAACCUGGAGUUCCUCAACUCUCUUCACACCACCUUCACUACCCAGCCAGUGAAUCUUCCUCAGCCGGAGGUGCAGACUCUGUCGACAGUGACCGUGUCAGAGUCCAGCACUAACAGUGUGCGUGUGAGCUGGGGUCCGCUGCUGCCUCACCUCAUCCAGGGAUACCAGCUGGAGUAUUCAGCGCUUCCUACAGGCCCGCUGCGGGUCGUCAGCGUCAGUAACAGACAGAACUCCACAGUCCUGACCGGCCUCCAGCCCGACACGCAGUACCUGGUCACCGUGAGCGCGAGACAGUCCUCCGGCAGAGAGAGAGCCAUGACGGUUAAAGUCUGCACACAGGAGGUGUUGCCAGCUCUCUCAGAUCUGCAGCUGACCACAGUGGGCAAUGAGUCAGUGCAGCUCCGCUGGAAGGGGAGUUACGAUGGUCUCCGUGGUUACUGGGUCACAUGGGAGCGAGGUCAGAGCCAGCGCUCCACCCUGUAUCUACCACCCAACCGGCUCUCCACCACCCUCAACCAUGUGCCCUCCAGGGCCCGCAUCUGCGUCUCUCCAGUGUACCGGACAGCCCGUGGGGAGGGACUCUGCUGCACUGCUUAAAUGGGCUCCGCUGCAUUGACCUGGAACUGUGGAGCGCCAUUCUGCCAAUUACGAAAGAUGGUGGAAUGAACAACACCAAAAACUUCCCACAAAUAGACAAGAUGGGAGGACAGGGGAGUCCAGGACGCUGUAGCUGUUUGAAUACUCAUCACCCAUAGAUGGUGAUCUUUAAACACACCCACACAACAUGCACUGACAAACAAGCUCCUACCCACGCUUCUAACACAGAGACUAAAUGAGUCUGAACUCAAAAGUGACCUUCUGAAGAAUCAGACUUUUAAAGGAAUGUUUCGGGUUCAAGUUCAGUGCUAUUGACGGCUGAGAUAUGUGGAUUGCUGUGCAUUACCGCAGACCAGAGUUUAUAUCUCGCAAUUUGGACUUUGUUUCUUCCAAUUCUUACUUUUUUCCCUAAAAAUUGCAUGAAAUAAGGUCCGUGUAAUGCUUCACAGUUCAAUUUUAAGACCAUAUGGAGCAAAUGCAAAAAUGAAAAAAUCAAACCAAACAUUCAUUUUUUUCAACUACUUCAUAAAUGAACAAUUGCCAUUUUCUUUCCUUUUUUCAAUUUUACUUUUACUAAAUUGUGACUUCAGAAAUGAUCAUUUGAAUAAAUAAAAUCGAAACAAUUUUCCCAUUUUUUUUAAUCUUACAAUUUGCCUGUGGGCUGUACCAUUGGCGCGGGGGUGUGGCCGCAGACUGUUUCACAAACGCUUAACGUGGCUUAAUGUAUCCUACUAAAACAGUGACACUGGAGGACACACCUUAUUAAUAAUAAACAUAUAGGCUGCUAUUUACAGACAAGCAGAAUAGCCCAGAACAUGAAAGCAAAUUGCGCUAAAUUGCACGUUAAGUGUUUUGUGCCCCACUGAAAACCUAAAGAAAAUACGUGACUCAGUGGACUAAGACAGUGGUAUAAAUUAAAAAGCCCAAACUCUGUAUAUGUAUUAAUACAAUGUAUUAAUAAAGUAUAGGUUACUAGGUACAGGAAAGCAGAUGAGAAUAUGAACGCUACACGCUAAACUGUUAUCCUCCCAUAGGCUUAAUGGAAGAAGAUGGUGUAAAAGUAUAAAAGUUCUGUAUACACCUUAUUAAUGUUGCGAACUAUAUUGCCUUGCCUACUGGGAAGCAGAUGUGACCGGAAUAUGAACUCGACACGCAAAGUCUCAAGUUUUCGUUUUCCUCCCUUUGAAAACCAUUAUUUGAAAGUGCUUAAUAUGGCUUAAUGCAUUAAGACAGUGAUUAAAAAAAGCAUAGCCUACUUAUUUACACACAAGCAGAAGAGCCCAGAAUAUGAACACAAUGCGCAAGUUUCACGUGAAGCGUUUUCUAUGGGAGGAAAUCGCUUCACGUGAAAUUUUGCGCGUUGCGUUCAUAUUCAGACACUUAACGUGCAAUUUGGCGCAAUUUGCUUUCAUAUUCUUUUUUAAGUAAAAAUUUAGUAAACUGAAAAAAGGAGAGAAAAUGGCAAUUAUUAAUUUAUGAACUGAUUUUUUUUUUUUUUUCUAAUUUUUGCAUUUGCACCAGAUCGUCUGACAAUUUAAUUGUGAAGCGUUACACGGACCAAAUAAACUCUUUUUUUUUUCUCACAAUUCUGAGUUUAAAUCUUGCCGU